AUGCGCGCGCGCGCCGCGCUCGGCGAGUCGCUCAGCGCGCACCUGGCGAGCGCGAGCGCGCGCGGGGACAUCGACGCCGAUCUCGCCAUCGCGCUCAACUCGGUCGCCAUCGCGUGCAAGCGCGUGCGCGCGCUCGUCGCGCGCGCGCCGAUCGCGGGGAACACCGGCGCCGCCGGCGGGUCGAACGCGAGCGGGGACGAGCAGAAGAAACUCGACGUCAUCGCGAACGACGUCUUCGUGGAGACGCUGCGCGCGUGCGGACGGGCGAGCGUGAUCGUGACGGAGGAGGAAGACACGCCGAUCGCGGUGGAACGAGCGAGUGGAUACAUCGUGACGUUCGAUCCGAUCGAUGGGUCGAGCAACAUCGACGCGUGCGUGACGACGGGGAGCAUCUUCGGGGUGUACGCGCCGGGCGCGUGCGAGAUUAAGGAUACGGAUAGCGCGGAGGAGACGCUGGCGAAUUGCUUGACGAAUUCGUUGCAGAGCGGCGAGGCGCUCGUGGCGGCGGGAUACUGCAUGUAUAGCUCGUCGUGCGUGUUCGUGCUGACGACGGGAGACGGCGUCGCGCAGUACGACUUUGACGAAAACGUCGGCGAGUUCGUGUGCUCGAAGGAACGCGUGACGAUUCCGGACGGGGAUAAGAUGCAACGCAUUUACUCGGGGAAUAACGGCAACGUCAACUUGUGGGCGCCCGAGCUCAAGGAUUACGUCGCGCAUCUACAAAAGGGUGGUAGCGACGGCGGCAAGCCGUGGACGUAUCGGUACAUCGGAGCGCUCAUCGGAGAUUUCCACCGCACUUUGCUCUAUGGCGGAAUUUGGCUAUACCCGCCAGAUACGUCGGCGCCGAACGGUAAGGCGCGGUUGCUGUAUGAAAUCGCGCCAAUCUCCAUGAUUGCCGAACAAGCCGGUGGCAUGUCGACGCGAGGCCCGAAGGCGAACGAAUCCGUGCUCGACGUCGUGCCGAAGCAUAUUCACGAAAAGAGCCCGAUGUUCGUCGGGUCGAAAUCCGCGGUGCAAGACUUGCAAGAGUUCUUGAAGAAGUAUUGAGACCCGUCUCGUGGC